GCUAUGACGAGUACGCACGCCGGCAGCACGUCGGCGGGCUUCCAUGCCUUCACCAUCACCUCCUCUGGGAAGUUUAGCCAUCCAAGCGCCUUCGUUGACACCACAACUGGUACACGUCUCGCCAUCCACAUGCCAUAAUUUGUCCGUCUUCAAAGAUCUCCUCAAGGAAUACCGGAAGCUCGAUGAUGCCAUCACGAUGCGCAUGAACCGCUCGAGCGCUCUAUUCAGAGAUCGUGACCGCGCGGGCGUGGGCAAAGGCAAUGUCCAAGACCAGUCGUGUGCAUACAUGUGGAAGGAACUCGUCGACAACUGGAAGCGGCGCGCUGAAUUGAUCGAUUACUGCGUGGACGUGGUGGACCAGUCUAAGGCUGCCAAGUCAAAAGCUCUGGCAAACAACACCGGCGACGCGAGAGCUGCCCGAAGGUUGCAAGCUGAGCUAUUCGAACACGACGUCAAACGCAACCAAGUUCGGAACGAGCUCUCCGUGGAAAAGAUAGUCCGCCAGCGAUCAUUAGACGCUUUCCAAACACGAUGCAGAUACUUUGAACCGCCAGCAAUGGACCGGGAUAGCUUGCAGUGGCGGAACGCGUCCCAGCCAUAGUUGUCCUCUCAUGAAUCUUACGUCUUUUACACGUAUAAUAAUUGUUGUGAAUGGUUGUGUCGUUUGUCU